AGGUAACGCGCCAAUCAUUUUGCCAUGGUUUGACCUUCAAGUGCUCAGCAACCUCCUUCAGUGGACGAUACCCUUCUAAAUGAAUCUAGCGUAUCUUGAUGACAAGGAUGAAUGUAGUGAUAUCGCAAUUGGUAUCGAUAUUUCGGAGGAUUACAGUCAAGCAAACAAUGCCUCUGGUGAUUCACUCAUCAAAAUGAGAGCACAGUGGACUGAAGAAUUAAAGCAGGUCGAAGAUGAAAUUCAAACACUGCGACAAGUCUUAUUAUCUAAAUUUCGUCGGCAGCAGUUUCUAAAGCGCCAGCUUGGUAUAACACCAAUUGAAGAACUAAAGAGUGAAGUUAAACAAGGUUUAGAUACUUUACGAACCAGUGAUGCAUAUCUGAAAACAUCAGCUGUUGUAAAAACUGCUAAAGAUAAAACAUCAGCUGCAUUAUUUGAAAAAUGGAAUUUAUUACGACAAACUAAUACAUACAAAUCUUUGGAGAAUAAAGUGGGUUCAGCUUGUCUCAAUGUUUAUGGUAAAUUGACACGUUCUAAAACAUUAUCAAGUGGUACUGAACAAAUCAGACAGUUUGAUAAUACUACUACUACUUUUGCAACAGCAGAAAUCACAACGAAAUCGUGUAAUUUAGGAACAAAUACUACUACUAAUAAUAAUAAUUCAGUUCCUCAAUCAGUAUCAGUCAUAUCAUCAUCAUCAUCAUUAACGUCGUCGUCGUUGUUCAAUCCCAAUGAUUCAAAUGGUAAUAAUUACAAUGAGGAUAAUAUAGAAAUAAAUGAAAAUGAUUCUAUACAUUUUGAUAAAUUACUCAACGACGAUAUAGUAUUACAUUCGAAAUAGAAUAGAUAAUAAGAAAUAAUUAUAAAGACCAUAAUUCUUAACUAAUGUCACCAUAUCCAUUAUAUAUCCAGUUAUGUAUUCUUAUGUUAUUCAACUUCAUUUUGUGAUAAAUGUACAUCUUGUUUUUAGAAUAAAUACAACAUAUCAAUUUUUUCAGGGUUGGGGAAGGGAGGGAGAGUAUUUGUGACGUUAACUGUGAUUCCGUUCAUCAUUAUUGUUUAUUCGGUUCUAUAUACACUUAACUUUUUUUUCUAUUAUUAUCUAAAUCGUUUAUUUGUAUUAAUAACUUUUUUUGUGUUGAUCAUAUUUAUAAAUAUCCGUCAUUUUAUAUUGUUGACAUUUUGUGGUGUUUAUGCUCUACCAUUGUCUUAUGCGAUACAUCAAUGGAAAACUAAAGUGAUAGGACAGUGGAUAAUAUCAUCGACCCAUAGUCUCUUUCUCAUGAUCAACGUUACCAAUACUUCUAAUGCAAAUACGUGUUUUUUUUUCGGAGUUUUCUACAAAUAAAAUGACUGUUCAGUGAA